AGGAGGCGAGACCACUGGUUCGGAGGGGGUGGAAAGGUUCGAAUCUCGAAUCGAGCAGCAUUAGCAGAUGAAGAUGGCCGCCGGAGUAUGUGGGCCGUGCGGACUUUCUUAGCUCUGGAUCCUCGUCGUCGCCAGCAGAGGUCCGACAUGAACAACGACCGAGGUGACCGGCCGAUGGACCUCCGAGAGAUGGCGGAAGUGCCCAGAACAUCGGAGUGCGAUCAGCCGGACAAGCACCUGCUAGACAGAGAGGAAUCCCGUUAUUCUCGCACAUUUCGGCCCGGGAUGGACAUGAAUCUGUAUGCAACGAAGAAAAGUGUUGCACAGGGCAUGAUGGACAUUGCAUUGUUGACGGCAAAUGCAUCUCAACUCAAGUACAUUCUCAAGGAUGGAGAUGCCGGACGUUUUUAUUUGGUCAAUGUGAUAUGCAUUACCAUUUCCAUCAUAUUGCAGCUUGUCGUUGGAGUUCUGCUAAUACUGAAUACCCGAUACAACAUCAACCUGAUCAGUCAUCAGUCAAGAGCAGAAAUGAUCAACAACCUCACUAUCAUCGGCAUUUUCCUCAUCACAGUAUCUAAUGUAUUUGUGUCUGCAUUUGGAACGCCUCCUAGAUAAAGGAGGCUAAUAAUGUCCUUCAAUUUUCGUCAAUUCGUACUGUAAUUACAUUUUAUACUGGUCUUUGUGAGAAAUACAUUUUUCUUAAAUAAACAUUUUUUUCCCUACAG